CUAACUCAGACCAAUCACCUUCUCCUCAUCCCUUCAUUGAAUUUGAUGUCUAAACCAUCUUUAUUCCGAACGAUUUGGCGUAAUCUUUGGCACCCAACUGGUUUUGUUGGCAGAGAUUUAGAAGGAAACUCCUAUUAUGAAAAGUCGAAUCCACUGAAAAGCGCAGGCUAUGCGAGAUCCAAACGUUCGAUGAAAUAUAGAAACCCAGAUGAUAUGUGGAAGUACAUAGGCGGCUCGAACAGGCUACCUAUUCAAUGGUCUGCCUGGUUAGCUCACACACGCCCUAAUCCACCGUCUAUCCAAGAGCUUCAGAUGGACCUCAUAAGGCAACGACGCGUUCAACACAACGCUGCACUUAUAGAAGCCAGUUUUCAACAAGAACGAGCCCAGCUUCGAAUACAGGAUGGGGUUUUUUCGGAAAUACUUUCGACUUCUUCCGAUCUUCAACCAAGCCAUGUUCAAGAUAUAUCAUCAAUAUCCGCUAGCGAUUCUGCUUCAUCACCUUCCAUGCCUUCUGUGCCUGAAGCACCACCUGUAUCCCCACCAGAAUCAACAUCCAAUACGGACCCAGGAACUAGUCCAGGCGUUCAACGGCUAGGGAGUUCCUUACCCAAGACCGGUUCGGACGAGUAUCAACCUGAGUCUUGGACACCAAAACUUCGAAUCAGACAAGGGUAGCAGUCAUUGACAGAAUGCUUGUCAGUAGUUUAUUUAAGAACAUAAUCUGUUUAAAAAUCCUCCCCGAAUAUGCCAUUAUCCUAACGUAC